AACAGUGCCAAUAACCUGAAUUUGGCUAUUUCCAAGUCGAGUUACAGCAUGUCACUCGACAGCAGAAGGGACCAGUCGGCAGUGAAAGCGAUCUCUGUAAUGUCAAUGGUGUUCUUACCAGCAACUUUCUUUUGUGGUGUUUUCAACCUCCCUUUCUUCGAUUGGACGGCUAAUAGAUUGAGCGAAGUGGUCUUGAACUGGCGAAUAUGGAUAUAUGUUGCCUGUGUCGUUGGCACGACAUUGAUCAUCACAUUUUUCUGGAGGGUCUGGUUCAGAUUCGAGAAGUGGAGGCUUUCGCACGGAAGAAGUAAAAAUGUCCGAAGAGACUUGAAAUCGUGGGUGAAAUCCGGAUUCAAGCAGAUUGAUAAACACGCACAAGCGCUUCGAGAAAGAAGAAAGAAGAAGCUAUUGCUUGAGCCAUCGCCAUCGACGCCGGUAUGAUCAGGUGAUGGAGGAAGAAGAUUUUGAGGCGGGAGACAAAAUGAUGGCGGGACAGACAUUAAUUAGUGAGACAAUGGUUGCAAAAAGCUUAGAACCUCUAGGCGCUCUGACAGGAUGUAUGAGAAAUGAUUCACACAGCGAACAGCUUAGGUUCAAGGCUUGACACUGUGAUAGCGCGUACAAGACAAUAACACGUGCUGUCAACCAAUUUCAAAGUUCAACACAGCUUUGCCGAAACGGCUGAAACCCAA